AUGGUGUUCCACCCAAGCCUCGCCGUCGUCACCGCCAUCCUCUCCACCAUGUUCUCUUUGACAUUUCUUGUUCUUGUCUACGCUAAGUUCUGCCAUUUUCUCGCUUUCGAUCCAUUUAACCCUGGAGGAGAUAACGAGAAUGAACUCGACCGCCGCCAACAUCGAGGUCUAUUCCGAACAAGGUCACGGUUUUCUGGAAUCGAUAAAACCAUAAUCGACUCACUUCUCUUCUUUAGAUUCUCAUCCCUCAGGGAGUCCUGGGAAGGCCUUAAAUGUGUCGCCUGUCUAUCGAAAUUCGAGGACAUCAAGAUCCUCUGGCUGCUUCCCAAGUGUAAGCAUGCAUUUCAUAUCGAUUAUAUAGACUUUUCGGCUGUGCACAUGAGAAAAAUUUGGUGA